GGUAGACCUUGUGUUAGAUGACCGGUUAAGAAUUUCGGAUUGUAUAAAUACUGCUCUCGAUUACAAGGCAAAUAUCAGUUUCGUCUGAGACAACUACAGCUCUAAUCAUGCAGGCUAUUAUCCUCUUCGCUCUCUUUGCCGCUAGUCAAGCAACAGGGUUCUACUCUGUACCAGCACUUCUGAGCACUGGAGCUAGUAAACAGUACAGAGCUCAAGAUAGCAUUGGUAACUAUCAGUUUGGUUAUGAUGAGGGUCAUCUUUCCGGAGGAUCCUUCCGAAAAGAAGCUGGUGAUGCCUUUGGUAACAAAAUCGGAUCUUAUGGCCUGAGGGAUGCUGAUGGUCGUCAACGUAUCGUCAACUACGUAGCCGAUGCAGCAGGAUUCAGAGCAGAUAUCAAGAGUAACGAACCCGGAGUUGAGCCCAAAGACCCCGCUGCAGUUUCCAUCAAUAAGGCUAUUGCCAUUGCCCCAGCUGUGGCCACCUACGCAGCAGCAGCUCCAGCUCCCGUCUUGGCCACAUAUGCAGCCCCAGCACCCGCUUUAGCUGCCUACGCUGCAGCCCCCGCUAUCUCUUAUGCUGCCCACUCUAUCGCCCCUGUUGCCCACUAUGGUCUCUAUAAAGGUUCAGCAUACCCAUAUGCUGGGCUUUACCACUUGUUCAGAAUAAACUACAUUCAAAUACCAAAAAGGCCAGAAGCACAGUGGAAAACUUCAAGAAAUAGAAGUGGGGACAUGCCAAAACCGAUGCUGGAAAAUGCUAUUUGCAUCUUUCGUUACAUCAGGGAAGUUGAUACAACAAAAGAAAUUUGGGUGCUGUUGACUUUGCUCUUCAGUUGUCAAGCAGCUGUCAUCCUCACGCCCAGAAAUCCGGACGACGUGGGAGCUGCAGUCACUUUCAAUAACCAAGACGGUAUUGGUAGUUAUGAUUUUGGUUACAGCGAAGGACAUCCUUCCGGAUCCUCGUUUCGAAGAGAAACAGGUGAUGCUGCUGGUAACAAAAUAGGUUCAUUUGGCUUAAGAGAUGCUGACGGACGUCUAAGGAUCGUCAGAUACGUCGCAGAUGCAAAUGGAUUUCGAGCAGACGUAACAUCUAAUGAACCUGGUGUAGCCCCUCAAGACCCAGCUUCUGCCACAAUAAACAAACCCGCUGUUGUUCUCCCAGCUGCUCCCGUGGCACCAGUGGCACUGCCACCACCACCACCGCCACCGCAACCAGCACCGGCGAUACCCGUUCAACCUGUUAAAGCUUUACCUCCGCCACCUCCACCACAGUACAAUUACAUCUACUCUGCUCCAGCACCAGCUGCACCAGUUGCUUUUGCUCCAGCUCCAGUAGCAGCACCUCCGCCACCACCUCCAGCUUAUUACAGACCAGUUGCUCCUGUGGCAGCCGCCCCAAUUGGAGUUGCUCCCGUUUCCAAGAAUUUCGCUGCUUAUGGGCCUCCACCUCCUCCACCACCACCACCUGCGUACUAUACCAACCUCGUACAGGGGAAGGGCUAUGUGAAUGCUGUCAGAAAUUAUGCUAGUCUGCUACCCCCUUUUGCUGCUGUACCACCACAGUUUGGAUACGUACGAGCUAAGCCUCUUGCCGCCUUCCAAGCCCUCGGGUAUCCUUUAUAACAUACAAACGCCUAGAUUAAUAAAUAUUUACUUGUAGACUGCAAAGCGGCGGUACAGUUUAAGGUACCUACCUGCCUAUGAUAGCAAGUCAUAAAUUUGUUAAAAAAAAAGAUGUAAUUUUAAGCUUUAUUCGCUCUACUUAUCUUGGGUCAAACCAUUUAAAAGUAAAUUUAAAUUAUUCAUUACCAGUUUAGGAUAAUUAUGUGAAAUAUUGAAAUUUUUAUUGCCUUUAACCCUCUGAGCGGCCAGGGUU